UGUAGGAGGCGGACACCGAAGGUGGGAGCGCAACUAAACCUUCCGUGGUCCUCAAGGAUUAUUAGAAGCUGGCUCAACAACGAAAGAACACAGAACGAGCAGAAUAAACGAGAAAUAAAUAAACCCUUGCAGUUAACUUGAAGGUCAACAUUGCUAUCAGAAAAACCGACAUAUCUCAUUUGAAUUUAUCAGCACAAUAUAUGGAAAACUAUUUCUCUCAGCUGAUGGUAACUCAAUAACUGACUAGGAGAAGUUAACGGGACUGCAGGCUGCAACUUUGCCACGCUUUCUUUCUUUAAUUUGGAAAACCAUUCAAGGGGCCUAUAAAUGCAACGCUGUUUAAUUUAUGAGAAGACAAUGGCACCAGAGACAAGGAAUGGAGGAAGCUCUUCCCGGAAUAACAACAACUGUAAAGACAACAGCAGGAGAAAGUUGCUCGUCGGUAUGGAUCUCGUCUGCUUGUUUUUAGUGAUACUCUUUGCUGCCUUUCUGCACAAGUUUCCCAUCGUGCCCCACCGGAGGGGCUUGUUCUGCAAUGCCAGCAGCAUCAGUCUGUCCUAUAAGAGCAGCACGGUGCCCACCGCUGCCCUGGUAGCUGUCGGGUUCACUGUGCCCGUCACCUCCAUCAUCAUUGGGGAGAGCUAUAGGAUUCACUACCUGAACGAGGGCUCCAAGUCCUUCGUAGGGAACCCCUACAUCUCCGCCCUCUACAAGCAGGUGGGCGUGUUCAUCUUUGGCUGUGCAGUCAGCCAAUCAUUCACGGACAUCGCCAAGGUGUCGGUGGGCCGCAUGCGUCCCCACUUCCUGGACGUGUGCAAGCCCGAUUGGUCCACCAUUAACUGUUCCCUGGGCUACAUCACAGACUACCAGUGUCAUGGGCCCGAGAGCAAAGUCCAGGAGGCCAGGAAGUCCUUCUUCUCUGGCCAUGCAUCCUUUUCCAUGUACACCAUGCUGUAUCUGGUGUUCUACCUGCAGUCCAGGUUCACCUGGCGUGGAGCCCGUCUCCUGCGCCCCCUGACCCAGUUCACCCUCAUCAUGAUGUCUUUCUACACCGGCCUGUCCCGUGUCUCCGACCACAAGCACCACCCCACAGACGUCCUGGCUGGCUUCGCACAGGGAGCCUUGGUGUCUUACUGCAUAGUGUUUUUUGUAUCUGACCUGUUCAAGCCCAGAGGCAGGAGUUCAGCUCUACCAGUGACCCCAGUAAAGAACCCAACCAACCCAAUGACAGACAUCAGAGAGAGGAGCAACCACCUCACCAUGGCAUAGUACAGACCACUAGAGUACAGCUACCUACCGCUGUAGGUUUUAAAGAUCACUUACUUCAUCUACUGGUCUGUACUGGAUACAUUCUACAACCAGCCAAAGAAUGUCUGUAAGGCACAGAGGAAUAAUAAACUGGAAAACAUUUGAAAAAAGAGGAGAGUUGUGUACACACACAAAGACACAG